CUUGUUGCUGGGAGCUGAGGAGAGUACAGGCUGUCGCUGCACCUUCAGGGGUUCGGGGUGCCUCUCCAAGAGCAGGCCUGGGCCGUCCCUCUCCCUAGGCGCUGCCAGACCUUUGCCCCGGGCCUAGCCAUCAGAGCUCCAGUCCUUCCCAGACCCGCCCCCAGCGCCCGGAGAGCGAGCCUGGGAGGCGGCGAGGACGGACGAAAGAGUGACAGCGCUGGGACCCACGCGCGGUGCAGAUGGCCGCACCGGGUGAGCCCUGCGCCGGGCCCGGGGUGUGGAACCAGAGUGAGCCAGAACCUGCUGUCAAUCACCUGCUGAGCCUGUGCUUCCUGAGAGCAGCAGGGGUUUGGCUGCCCCCUCUGUACCUCUGGGUCCUCGGCCCCUUCUACCUCCUCUACAUCCACCACCAUGGCCAGGGCUACCUCCGGAUGUCCCCCCUCUUCAAAGCCAAAAUGGUGCUGGGGCUCGCCCUUAUCCUCCUGUGUACCUUCAAUGUGGCCGUUCCUCUGUGGAGAAUCCAGCAGGGGCAAUCACAGACCCCGGAAGUCCUUAUUCAUCCUACAGUGUGGCUCACCACCAUGAGCUUUGCCAUGUUCCUGGUCCAUGUGGAGAGGAAGAAGGGCGUCCGGGCAUCCGGGGUGCUGUUUGGGUACUGGCUCCUCUGCUGUCUCUUGCCAGCUAUCAGUGCUGUCCAGCAAGCCUCGAGUGGGGACUUCCAGAGUGACCCCCUGCACCACCUGUCCACUUACCUGUGUUUGUCUCUGGUCAUGGCUGAGUUUGUGCUGUCCUGCCUGGUGGAUCAGCCCCCCUUCUUCCAAAACGGCCCCCAGCAGUCUAAUCCGUGCCCAGAGGCUGGGGCCUCCUUCCCCUCCAAGGUCUUGUUCUGGUGGGCUUCUAGACUGCUCUGGAAGGGCUACAGGAAGUCUCUGAGACCAGAAGAGCUCUGGAACCUUGAGCGAGAAAACACCUCAGAGGAACUUGUUUCCCAGCUGGAAAGGGAGUGGUUGAGGAACCACGGUGUGGCCCAGGGGUGCACCAUGGGGUUGAAAGGCUCGGAGCAUGAGAACCAGGCGGGCCAGGAGCUGGAGGCCCUCCUGCCACAAAGAAGGCACCCGAGGGGCCCGCUGCUCGGAGCCAUCUGGAGGGUGUUCCGCUGCUCCUUCCUCUUGGGCACCCUCAGCCUCAUCAUCGCCGACGCCUUCAGAUUCGCAGUCCCCAAGCUCCUCAGCCUGUUCCUGGAGUUCAUGGGCGACCUCCAGGCCCCCGCCUGGCAAGGCUCACUGCUGGCGCUGCUGCUGCUGCUCUCGGCCGGCCUGCAGACACUGUUUGAGCAGCAGCACAUGUACCGGCUCAAGCUGCUGCAGAUGCGGCUGCGCUCAGCCCUCAUUGGCCUGGUGUACAGAAAGGUCCUGGUUCUGUCCCCUGGCGCACAUAAGAGCAGCGCAGUGGGGGACGUGGUCAACCUGCUCUCCGUGGACGUGCAGAGGCUGAGCGAGAGCGUGCUGUACCUCAACGGGCUCUGGCUGCCGCUGCUCUGGAUGGUCGUCUGCUUCGCCUACCUGUGGCAGCUCCUCGGGCCAUCUGCCUUCACCGCCAUCGCUGUCUUCCUGGGCCUCCUCCCUCUGAAUUUCUUCAUCUCCAAGAAGAAGACCCACCAUCAGGAAGAGCAGAUGAGGCAGAAGGACUCCCGGGCGCGGCUCACCGGCUUCAUCCUCAGGACCAUGAGGACCAUCAAGUCCCACGGCUGGGAGGAAGCCUUCCUGGAGAGGGUCCUGCACAUCCGGGGCCGGGAGCUGGGUGCCCUGAGGACCUCCACCCUGCUUUUCUCCGUGUCUCUGGUGUCCUUCCAAGUGUCCACGUUCCUGGUCGCGCUGGUGGUGUUUGCUGUCCACACACUGGUGGCUGAGGAGAAUGCGAUGGAUGCGGAGAAGGCCUUCGUGACCCUCACGGUGCUCGGCAUCCUCAACAAGGCCCAGGCCUUCCUGCCCUUUAGCAUCCACUGUGUCGUCCAGGCUCGGGUGUCCUUUGACCGCUUGGCCGCCUUCCUCUACCUGGAAGAAGUUGACCCUGGCGCCGUGGUCUUGAGUCCCUCCAGAUGCCCGCCUGGGAAAGACUGCAUCACCAUACAGGAUGGCACCUUCACGUGGUCCCGGGAGAGCCCUCCCUGCCUGCACAGGAUCAACCUCACUGUGCCCCAGGGCUGUCUUCUGGCUAUUGUGGGCCCAGUAGGGGCAGGGAAAUCUUCCCUGCUGUCUGCCUUGCUCGGGGAACUGUCAAAGCUAGAAGGGUCCGUGAGCAUGCAGGGUUCAGUGGCUUACGUGCCCCAGGAGGCCUGGGUCCAGAACACGUCGGUGGUGGAGAACGUGUGUUUCCAGCAAGAGCUGAACCUGCCUUGGUUGGAGACAGUGCUGCAGGCCUGUGCUCUGGGGCCAGAUGUGGAAAGCUUUCCUGCAGGCAUGCACACCCCAACUGGGGAGCAGGGCAUGAAUCUCUCUGGGGGCCAGAAGCAGCGGCUGAGCCUGGCCCGGGCUGUGUACAGGAAGGCUGCCGUGUACCUGCUGGAUGAUCCUCUGGCAGCCCUAGAUGCCCACGUUGGCCAGCAUGUCUUCCACCAGGUCAUCGGGCCCAGGGGGCUGCUCCAAGGAACAACGCGGAUCCUCGUGACCCACGCACUCCACGUCCUGCCCCAUGUUGAUCAGGUCAUGGUGCUGGAAGAUGGUGGCAUCACAGAGAUGGGCUCCUACCAGGAGCUGCUGCAUAGGAAAGGGGCGCUGGUGGCCCUUCUGGAGGCAGCCAGACAGCCUGGAGGUGGAGGAGACGGAGAAACAGAACCUGCAGCCAACACAAGUGACCCUGGAGGUGGAGGACCUGAACACAGACCAGAGAGGUCCAUAAAGUCAGCCUCUACGAGGAACAGUGUCAUCUCAGCAUCCCAGACAAGAGCUCCUCUAGAUGAUCCUAAGGGGACAGGACAGCCAACGCAAGAGGGCAGUGUGCGGUAUGGCCGGGUGAAGGCCGCCAUGUACCUGAGCUACCUGCAAGCCGUGGGCAUCCCCCUCUGCACCUACACGCUCUUCCUCUUCCUCUGCCAGCAAGUGGCCUCCUUCUGCCGGGGAUAUUGGCUGAGCCUGUGGGCAGAUGACCCAGUUGUGGACGGGCAGCAGAUGCAGACAGCCUUGCGCGGCUGGGUCUUUGGGCUCCUCGGCUGUCUCCAAGCCGUCGGACUAUUUGCCUCCAUGGCCGCAGUGUUCAUUGGCGGGGUCCAGGCGUCCAGCCUGCUCUUUCGGAGGCUCCUGUGGGAUGUGGCUCGGUCUCCCAUUGGCUUCUUUGAGCGGACACCUGUCGGGAAGCUGCUGAACUACUUCUCCAAGGAAAUGGACAUGGUGGAUGUGGAGAUCCCAGACAAGCUCCAGGCCCUGCUGACUUACACCUUCGGACUCCUGGAGGUCUGCCUGGCAGUGACAAUGGUCACACCCCUGGCCAUCGUGGCCAUCCUGCCACUGAUGCUACUUUAUGCUAGAUUUCAGAGCCUGUACGUGGCCACCUCAUGCCAGCUGAGACGCAUGGAGUCAGCCAGCUACUCAUCUGUGUGCUCCCACGUGGCUGAGACGUUCCAGGGCAGUGCAGUGGUCAGGGCAUUCCAAGCCCAGGGCCACUUUGUGGCUCAGAGUGAUGCUCUCAUGGAUGCAAACCAGAGGGUCAGUUUCCCACGACUGGUGGCUGACAGGUGGCUUGCUACAAACCUGGAGCUCCUGGGGAACGGCCUGGUGUUCGUGGCUGCCAUGUGCGCUGUGCUGAGCAAGGACCACCUCAGGGCUGGCCUCGUGGGGUUCUCAGUGUCAGCUGCCCUCCAGGUGACCCAGACCCUGCAGUGGGUCAUUCGCAGCUGGACAGACCUAGAGAACAGCAUGGUGUCGGUGGAGCGGGUGCAGGACUACACCCACACGCCCAAGGAGGCUCCCUGGAUGCUGCCCACUUGUGCAGCCCAGCCUCCCUGGCCUCACGGGGGACAGAUCGAGUUCCGGGACUUCGGGCUGAGACACUGGCCAGAGCUCCCAUUGGCUGUGCGGGGUGUGUCCUUCAAGGUCCAGGCAGGAGAGAAGGUUGGCAUUGUGGGCAGGACGGGAGCUGGGAAGUCUUCCCUGGCAGGGGGCCUGCUGAGGCUGCAGGAGGCAGCGGAGGGUGGCAUCUGGAUCGACGGGGUCCCCAUUGCCCAGGUGGGGCUGCACACACUGCGGUCCCGGAUCACCAUCAUCCCGCAGGACCCCAUCCUGGUGCCUGGCUCUCUGCGGAUGAACCUAGACCUGCGACAGGAGCACAGCGAUGAGGCCCUCUGGGCGGCCUUGGAGACUGUGCAGCUCAAAGCCUUCGUGGCCAGCCUGCCCGGCCAGCUGCUGUACGAGUGUGCAGAGAGUGGGGACGACCUGAGUGUGGGUCAAAAGCAGCUCUUGUGCCUGGCACGUGCCCUUCUCCGGAAAACCCAGAUUCUCAUUCUGGAUGAAGCCACGGCUGCAGUGGACCUGGGGACAGAGCUCCAGAUGCAGGAGGCCCUCGGGCACUGGUUUGCUCGGUGCACAGUGCUGCUUAUCGCCCACCGCCUGCGCUCGGUGAUGGACUGUGCCAGGGUCCUGGUCAUGGACAAUGGGCAGGUGGUGGAGAGUGGCAGCCCAGCCCAGCUGUUGGCCCAGGAGGGACUGUUUUACAGGCUGGCCCAGGAGUCAGGCCUUGUCUAAGCCUGGCCUCCCCACUGUCCCUGGCUGGGUCAGCCCCAGAAUGUGCUGUGCCCUGGAGAAACCAGUGAUCCAGGCUGUCUGUACUCCCAGGAAGUGUCGUGGUCACCAAGAGGAAAAUGGCAAAGAAAGUGUCUAUCACCAGUAUGAGAACCAGAUGGACACAGCCACCCCCAGACUGACAGAGCAAGGCCCACCCUGGCUUGUCCACACUGGGGCCAACAUCAACAGUGGCUCUCAAUCCUCAUUGCUUAUAGGUCUCACAUGGAGGGCAGAAAAGCAUGUCUGCACCCAGUUCUAUGCCCCAGAUGAAUUAAAUCAGAAUUCAUGUGGCUGGGGCAAUGGCACAUGUACUUUUUCCAAAUUAAUCUUAUUUUGAGAUAAUCAUACAUUCACACACAGUUUUAAGAAGCUGGUAGGGUGGGGCAUGCCUGUAAUCCCAGUUACUUGGGAGGCUGAGACAGGAGGACUAACUUGGGCAGUGUAGUGAGACUUUACCUCAAAUUUAAAAGGGGCUGUGGGUUUAGCCCAGUGGAAGAGCACUUACCCAGCAUUCAUGUGGCCGGGGUUCCAUCUCCAGUACCACAAAACAAAACCAGAGAUCGCUUGGGCCCUUCACCCUGUUUCUACCAGUGAUAACAUCUUGUAAAAGUUGGGCAAAGUCACAGCAGGAUACAGACAUUGAUAAAACCACCUAUCUGGUUCA